UUGUGCUCGCUUUUUAUGAACUGACUUGUCUCUAGCGUGAAGCAGAAGAGCGGCGACAGCGGGAGAUGGAGGAGCUCGCGAAAGCGCGGCAAGUGGCGCAGGCUGAGGCGUACGCUUGGAGUCGCGACAUACAGGCGGCCAGUGACGAGGAGCGCGAGCAGAAGGCGGCGAAGAAGACUCGGCGGGCCACGAAGCGCGCAGAGUCACCGCCCGCUGGGGAGGAGGGCGCUGAGCCAAAGAAGCGGAAGAGACAGAGCCGAUUGAAGAAGGGUGGGCGAGACGCCGCGCCUGACUCUGACGGUGACGUGCCGAUGAAGGAGGAAGACGAUGCAGCUGAAGACGAAGCGCUGUUCAGCGAUGGCGAAGGAGAGGAGCCUGCGAAGAAGCGGGUUGUGGACGAUGAUGACGACGAGGCUCCGCCCGCCUCUGCACCACCACCAAGUAGUAAGGGCCAUAGCAGAAAGCAAUUCAAAAGUAAGGAGGUGCUAUCGGACACGGACGAUGAGGACAUGGUGGCAUAGUUUUUUGUCGUUGAUCAUGUGUAUCCAGGUUGUAAUCUCUUCGCCGCUUUAUCUACGCUAUCGCAUACUCAUUCUUCAGUGUCUAUUUCUGAUGAACCUCGUCUUCGAUACGACGCAGACAGCAAGACGAAGCGUUUAGUGCACUAAACUUCGCGUGUCUGAGUCUGGAGUCUCAGACUCAGGUUGCCAUCCGCAAUAAUUCGAAGUCUUACUCUCGUCUAUGCACCGCUUUGGCCCUAGCGACUGGAUGUUGACUCAC